AAAUACAAAACGCAAAAACAAACCUUGGGAAAAAAUUACUUCUUAACCCUUUUUUUGCUUCUUUACAUAGGCAAACGGACCAGAAAAUGUCGAAGAAGAGAGGCUUGAGUUUCGAGGAAAAAAGACAAAGACUACAACAGCUGUUUUUCGAGAAGAAAGACUUUUUCCAACUCAAGGAACUAGAAAAAAUAGCCCCCAAAGAAAAAGGAAUAACCUCAAUGUCUGUAAAAGAAGUGCUUCAGAGCUUGGUUGAUGACAAUCUUGUGGACACAGAGAAAAUUGGAACAUCAGUUUACUUUUGGUCUUACCCAAGCAAAGCCAUGCAUACAAGAAAACGAAAAAUUGAAGAUCUUACUGUAGCUAUUGCUGAUUAUGAACAAAAAGUUGCAAGCGCUGAGAAGAAAAUAAAACAAGCCAGCAUGGAGAGAAAAGACACAGAUGAAAGAGACAAGUUGCUUCAGACAUUGGCUGAAAAGGAAAAGGAAUGCCGAGAAAUGGAACAAGACCUACAGAGAUACAAAGAGUGCGAUCCAGAAGUUCUUGAGGGGCUAAAGAAUGAAACCAACAUGGCAAAAGAAGCAGUCUCAAGAUGGACAGAUAACAUAUUCUCUGUCAAAUACUGGUGCAAGUCAAAGUUCAGUAUUGAAGAGAAAGAAAUAGAUAAGGUGUUUGGGAUCCCUGAAGAUUUUGAUUAUGUUGAUUUAUAGGUUCUUUUUGUACUUCAGAAAGGCAAUUGUUGCUUAUUAAAAUCAUCUGCCACUCAAAUAAUGUCAGGAGAACAUGAAAACAACACGAUAAUUAGGUAAAUAACUGUUAACAUUAGACAAACAAAGGCAUCCAAUCAUGUUAGUUCUUUUAUUUGUGAUGAACUAAUUUUCUUAACAAUUUUAAGUAGCUUUAAAACCCUAUAAACGUUUUUGUAGACUUUCCUAAUCUCCGUAACCUGUAGUAUUCUGCUUCUUCCCUGGUCUGUGACAUGGAACUUCUUCUCGGAUGCAAGUUAAGUUUGUUUAAAUUGUCCUCAAAGAACUGUGGAGCAGGAGCUGUUAUUACCAGGUCCUUUCCUGAAUUAAGCCCAGGUAGAGUAAGCUCUCUGGCGUGUAGGUGCAGAGGUAUCAUUCCUCGUUGCCAUGGUCUGAUUAUGCCUCCCUUUUCUUUAUCGUUGGUGCUUCUUACACCUCGGAUUUGAAGAAGCUGGAGAAGCCGUAAUGGUAGAACCUAGAACAACAUAACGUUAAAGAAUUUAUCAGUGUCAGUAAGAAAAUUACUAUAAAUAAAAAUGUUUUAUCUCAA